GAAAGUCUAUUUUAUUAUUUCUAUUGAUAUAUGCGUGGUGGGAUAGGGUGAAAGGUACUCUAGCAAUUCUUUGGAUGCUUGGCUCUUUUUAACUAGAUCAAAUUAGGUGGGUUUGGAGAAUAAAUAGACUAAUGGUCAGUUGGGAUGUGACUCCACCUUUUAAUCCCUCUAUUUGAACAAUCUAAUCUAAUGAACUAAAGUUUAGUUAUAGGAUCCAAAUAUAACCUUAGAUCAUAGGACAAGGCUUUUCAGAUAUAAAAUAUUAACAGUCAUCCAUAUUUCCUUUAAGCGAAAUCAUCCAUGUUUUUUUAUAGGAAAUCAUCCAUGUUUUUGGACAAGGGAAGGUGGCUUGCUGUUUUUUUUUUCAGGAAAGCAGUAGAAAGCAGGCGGGGCAAUAGGAUAUCGAUACAUCAUGAUCUUCUCGGCCCGCUCUGAAUUUUGGCCCAUUAUUCUCGGCGCUCCCCAUUCCCUUGUCUGUCGCUCUCUAACCCUAACGGGAAACGGCGACGGCGACAUCGGGAAGCGGAGGGAAGCGGCGGCGCCGCGGCGCCUUUGGCAAGGGUGCAGGGCAGCAGCCGGGCAGGCGGCCGGUGGCGCGCCAGCAUCGAUCCGCGCGACAUCUCUGUUUCUCGCGUGAUCUUCCGUCCUCCGGCGCAGCUGCUCCACCAUGCCUCCCGCCUCAGGGAACCUCACGGAGGCCGCGCGCUCCGUGCAGCUGUUCAAGAUCAACGGCUUCACCGCGACCAAGGAGAAGCCAGGCUACACCGCGUCGAGGGUGUGCGCCGUCGGUGGACACGACUGGCGAAUCGAAUUCCACCCAAAGGUAAAGGACCCGAAUAAUUGCUACAGCAACAGUGAGUGGAUCAUGUUCCGUGUUCGAUUGAUCAGCAAAGUAGCGAGCGGAGUGGCCGCGUCCUUCAGCUGCCGGCUGAUGGAUCCGAGCUCAACGGGUGGUUCUUAUCAUCUGGAUGAAAUGAUCUCGUCCUCUAUGUUCUGUGAGAACAAAUCCCUCGAUGUCCUCCUAAUCAAAAGGAGGGAACUGGAGGAAUCGAGACGUCUAUAUGUGAAAGAUGACUGCAUUCUUGUACAAUGUGCAAUCAACGUCCUGCUCGGCGAACCCAAGGAUGCGGCGGCGGCGGGAGCAGCGUCUAACGCCGUGGCCAGCGUUCCAUCCUCCGACCUGCACAAGCAAUUCGGUGAGCUGCUGCGGAGCCAGAUGGGAGCGGACAUCACGUUCCUCGUCGCCGGCGAGCCUGUCGCGGCACACCGGACAGUGCUCGCAGCGAGGUCGCCGGUUUUCAUGGCCGAGCUCUUCGGCGACAUGAAGGAGAAGGCGUCGCUGUGCGUUGAGAUCAAUGACAUGGAGGUGGAGGUGUUCAGGGCCAUGCUCCAUUUCGUGUACACCGACACGGUGCUGGUGCUGGACCAGAAGGGGGAGCAGGCGACAUUGAUGGCGCAUCAUCUUCUUGAAGCGGCAGAUCGGUAUGGAUUGGAGAGGCUCAAGAGGAUCUGUGUGGAGAAGGUGUACACGGACAUCAGCGUGGACACGGUUGCGACCACAUUGGCUUUGGCGGAGCAGCACGGGUGCUCUGAGCUCAAAUCCAGGUGCAUGAAGUUCAUCUUGGCUGCCCCAGCAAAUCUCCAAGCUGUCGCUGCAACUGAAGGGUACAAGCAUCUCGAGGCAAGCUGCCCCUCAGUUUUGACUGAACUUCUGAAGCUCAUGGUCAAGGGGAACAAGUAGCUGGGCAUUGUGCUGUUGGAGGCAGAAAGAAGGCUUUUGUACUUGUGUUUUCUGUUUGUGGUUGGAGCUUAGCUGAAAUGAUCGCCUGAAAACUUUGAUGUGCAUUUGACCAUUUUUCAUCUACUACUCUAUGCACAAAAGUCAAAACCCAGUAGCACCGAGAUAAGGAUUAUCAUGCAUGAUCCGGCAAAUGAAACGAGUGACAAGUCCUUAAGAUUACCAUCCUGCCUGUGAUUGGUUUCCAGCUCAUUAAUUUUCGUGAUCCUACAAUUGAAGCCACAAUUCAUUUUGGUUUCAGCCAACUGAGGAUGUUUUAUUACCACACUAUUUCUUUAGCAGUCACUGAAACGAGGUUUGCAGCAAUAUGUUUUUCUGGA